AUGGCGGCCUCCCUGACGCGCAUCGCGUCUGGCGGCCAGCUCUGCCGCACCCCAUCCAGCGGCCAGCUCUCCCGCGCGCCGCUGGCGCCGCCCGCCGCGGCGCGGGCGAGCCCUCGAGGGGCCCGUGCACCCGCGCCCGGCCCCGCCCCGGCCGCCCUGCCCGGAGAUGGCGACAUAGCCGUCCCAAACGGCGCCGCCACCAGCCCGCGCGGCGGCAAGAUCGCGGCGCACGGCACCGCCACAGUGGUCGCGCCCGUGUCCCCCAUGCCGCCCGGCGCACUGGCCGACCUGUUGGCCGGCCCCUUCCACCCAGAGCUACGCCUCGGCGCCGCCGCCGCCGCCGCCGCACCGCCCGCGCCCCCCUCGCCGCACCAGCCCCUGCCCCCGGCCGCGCUCACGCGCCCCCCGCCGCCGCCGGCCGUCGAGCCGGGAGCGUUCGCGGAUGCGUUCGAAAUGGGGGACCUCCUCGGCCGUGGCAGCUUUGGGGAGGUGCGCAGCGCGGUGGAGCACGAGACAGGGCGCCGCGUCGCUAUCAAGGUGCUGGCCAAGAGCCAGGGCGGCCGCGACAAGCGGGAGACCAUCCUCCAGGAGGUCGCGUUCUGCCAGGCGCUCGAGGGCAGCCCCAUCGCCGCGCGCGUCUACGGCGUUUACGAGGAUGCUGACAGCAUCUACAUAGCCCAGGAGCUCUGCAGCGGCGGCGACGUGGCGGGCCUGCAGGCGGUCGCUGAGGGCGGCCGCCUGAGCGAGCGCGAGGCGGCGUCAAUCAUGCUGAGCGUGCUGCGGUUCCUGGCGCACGCGCACAGCAGGGGCGUAUGCUACGGCGACGUGAAGCCCAACAACUUUGUGCUCCGCAGCCUGUACCCCUCCGUCGCGCACAUGAUCGACCCCACCGCCCCCAAGGGCCGGCUCGACCUGUGUGCAGUAGACUUUGGCUGCUGCCAGUGUGCAGAGCCUGACGUAUGCCUCGCCGGCAUGCCCGUCAGCGGGACCCCGGCCUACCUCUCGCCAGAGGCCUUCAAUGAGUGCUUCGGCGUGCCCGCAGACGUCUGGGCCGCGGGGGUGAUGCUCUACCACCUCCUCAGCGGCGGGUUCCCCUUCUGGGUCGGCCGCGCCGACCAAUUCCACGGCAUGACGCAGUCAGAGCUGCGCGACGGCAUCGUGCGCGGCAGCCCCAUGUUCACGCGCGACCCCUGGGCGGGCUACUCCCCGCGCGUCAAGGACCUCAUCUGCAAGAUGCUCGAUAAGGACCCAGGCCAACGCAUCAGCGCGGCCGCGGCCUGCAGCCACAUCUGGUUCGCCGAGGUGCUGGGGGAUGACUCAUCCCUCUAG